AUGGGCAAUGCUCUACGCAAGAACCUCGGCGAUCAGCGCAGCCGCCUGACAGAAUCCGAGAAGAGGCUGAUUCGCAACAGCUGGCGCAAGUUCUGCGAGCGGAACCCGGACUACGGCGUGCGCAUCUUCAUCGGCAUGUUCGCCAAGCACCCCGAGUACCUGCAGUUGUUCCCCAGGUUCAGGGACAAGGAACUGCGCACGCUUCGCGACGACGCCAAAUUCCGGGCGCACGCAUGCGCCGUGGGCCACCAGCUGUCGGCCAUCGUCGAGUGCAUCGAGGAUGACGAGGUGCUCAUCGAGCUGAUCCGCAAGAAUGCCGCCAAUCACCUGCCGCGAGCCGGCGUGAGGCCCUCGAACUUCGAGGGCCUCUUCGCCGCGGCGCUCGAGCAGAUGGUGGCCAGCAACAGGGCACUCAUGACGCCAGCCACCGUGAACGCGUGGGAGAGGCUUUUCGAGACAAUGAACACAAUCACGAGGAACGUGUAUGAGGAGGCCGCAGAAUUCUCGGCCACCAGCCAGGACACGUCGUCGGGAGAUGAACGCUCACCGCUCGACCCUGUCGCUGCCUUUGCUGAACUCUCGAAGACGGAUGGUGAUGAUGCUGCAGCUGGUUCCAGCACGGCACUGGGACAACUGACCACACAGGGAACCACCGCUGGUGCUGGUACUUCGGAGAAACUGACGAAGGAGCGUCGGGACAGCGCUCCUGGCACUACGAAGCCGAAUACUGCGGCGCCCGCUGGAAACGUCAGUGGCACAACGACAGGGUUGGCUGUCUUGGGAGAAGCGAGCAGUGCUUCGGGCCAACUUACCCACCACGACGUUGCCGACUCUUUAAAGCCGAUAAAGCCAGCGCCUGAGGCAAACGCUGGUGGUACACAAGCACCACCAGCCGCACAGCGUGGCUUGCACGCUGCUGGGGCUCCGAAAAAGCUAACCAAAAAGGCCCACCGAGAUGCGUCAUCACAGGAUAACACGGAGCCGGCUACGAUAUAACGCUUCACCAGUCAUUGAAGCGACGGUUCGCA